GCCGUCAGUCAGAAAUGCCAUUCAGCAAAUGAAGAAGCCGAUCCUGUCAGUACUGGAGCCCAGCGUGUCAGAAUGGCGAACGCGGGAAAUGAAGUCGUGUUUAAAAAGGAAACCGUUGCCAAACUUUUGACACGCUCUUUCAAGGAGGACAAAACCAAAGUCAGCAGUGAUGCUGUCAUACUUGUAGCAGAGAUGUUGAAAGUAUUUGUUGAAGAGGCGACACGCAGAGCUGUAAAACAGGCCGACAGUGAGGACUGUGACACUGUUGAUAUUGAACACUUUGAAAAGAUUCUGCCACAACUGCUUCUUGACUUUUGAUUUUGCUGAGGAGUCAGCAGAUGGCGACAUAACCUAGUUCUGCUGAACAUGAACAUCCUGGACUAUUCGCACAUGCUUCAAUUGUAGCCAUUGUAUUCAAGUGUAUUAAAUGUAUGACUGAUUUAAUAAAAUAAAAAAUAUUUCCACAUGUCAA